UCCUCUCCUCAGUCGCCACCAUGUUUGAAUACCGUUGCAACUCCAUCAAUUGGAAGCCGUCUCCGUUAACAUCCCUCGCUACCAGCUCCGACGGCUCUCAAGUCGCCGCAGCUCGCGAAGACGGUUCUCUUGAGCUCUGGCUCGUCCCCCCUGGCUCUGUCUCCUGGCACUCUCAACUCAUUAUCCAUGGAGAUCCAAAAUCGAGAAUCUCGCACCUCGUCUGGUUAGGUGCUAGGUUGUUUUCUUCUAGCAUCGAUGGAACAAUCUCAGAGUGGGAUCUUUUCGACCUGAAGCAGAAGGUUGUAUUAGAUUCAAUUGGAGUAUCAAUCUGGCAAAUGGCUGUGGCGCCUCUCUCCACUGCUGAAGCAGAGAUGAUGGUGAAGAAGGAGUACUUGAGUGAGGAAUCAGAUGACGAGGGAGAAAGUGGAGUUGAAGAUGGUUCGGAGUUUGAUGAGCUUGAGGAGAAACCUGAUAGGCGUCUUGCAGUUGCUUGUGACGAUGGCUGCGUGAGGAUGUAUUAUGUCUCUGAUUCAGAGAAAUUAACGUACUAUAGAUCAUUGCCUCGGGUCAGUGGCCGUGCUUUAAGUGUGACGUGGAGUUUGGAUGCUCAGAGAAUCUAUUCGGGCAGUAGUGAUGGGCUGAUAAGAUGCUGGGAUGCUAACCUCUGCCAAGAGGUAUAUAGAAUUACGGUUGGACUUGGAGGACUGGGAAAUGGAUCUGAGCUCUGCAUUUGGUCACUUCUUUCGUUGAGAUGUGGAGUUCUUGUCAGCGGAGAUAGUACAGGAAGUGUCCAGUUUUGGGAUAGCCAGCAUGGAACCCUUUUGCAGGCGCAUUCUAAUCACAAGGGUGAUGUGAAUGCUCUUGCAGCAGCACCAAGUCAUAACCGUGUGUUUUCUGCAGGCGCCGAUGGACAGGUUAUUCUAUAUAAGCUCGCUGGUGGAGCAUUUAAAUCACAAGAUAUAAAACCUUCUUCCACUAAGAAGUGGGAUUAUAUCGGUUGUGUAAGGGCCCAUACUCAUGACAUCAGAGCUCUAACUGUGGCAGUGCCAAUUAGUUCAGAAGGUUCUCUUCCAGACAGUGAUGCAAAAGGAAAAAGUCGUAAACAGCGCAGGAAGGAGAAGCCUGGUGGUAUCAGUUACCAUAAAUGGGCACAUUUGGGGGUUCCAAUGCUCAUUUCAGCUGGUGAUGAUGCAAAGCUUUUUGCAUACUCAGUUCAAGAGUUCACUAAGUUCCAUCCACAUGAUAUAUGUCCUGCGCCUCAGAGAGUACCUAUGCAGAUGGUACAUAAUACAGUGUUCAAUCAGACUUCUCUUCUCUUGGUUCAGGAUUCUUGUUCUUUAGACAUUCUUGGUAUUCACAUAAGCAGUGAGUCUAGUGGGCGUGUCCUCACCAAGCCACUAGUUCGUGUUAAAAGUAAAGGUGGCAGAAAGAUCAUAUGCAGUGCAAUUUCUAACGCAGGAUCACUUUUUGCUUAUUCCGACCAAAUUCGACCAAGUCUGUUUGAGUUGAAGAAAAACAAACUUGGAAAUAACCCAUGGAGUCCCAUAAGAAAGCGACUUCCGAAUCUUCCAUCUGCUCAUUCCAUGGUCUUCAGCUGUGACUGCUCUCGGCUGAUAAUAGCUGGACAUGACAGAAAAAUAUAUACCGUUGGGACUGAUAGCAUGGAGCUAUUACACACCCUUACUCCACGUCAGGAGGCGCAGGAAGGUGAAUCUCCUCCUCGUGAACCACCAAUUACAAAGCUGUAUACUAGCACAGAUGAUCAUUGGCUAGCUGCUAUCAAUUGCUUUGGGGACGUAUACGUGUUCAACCUGGAAACACAGAGGCAGCAUUGGUUCAUAUCAAGGCUUGAUGGUGCAUCUGUUGCAGCCGCUGGUUUCCAUCCCAGGGACAACAAUGUGCUUGUGAUCUCCACCUCUUCAAACCAGGUCUUUGCAUUGGACGUGGAAGCUAGAGAGUUGGGCAAGUGGUCGCUUCUUCAAACUCUUUGUUUGCCAAAGAGAUACCAAGAGUUCCCUGGUGAGGUCUUAGGGCUCUCAUUCACUCCAUCGCCAAGCUCAUCAUCUGUCAUCGUCUACAGCUCCAGAGCAAAGUGUUUGAUUGAGUUCGGGAAGCCGACGGAACAAGGCGAAGAGAUGGAUUUGUCUGAAAGGGUGGAAGAUAGAAUUGCAAGCAUUGGUUUGAAGAAAUUGGGGAAUGGGACCCGAAAACGUAGGUUGGAGGAGUAUCAGAAAGAGAGCAAGAGUAAUGAGAGAGACGAGAUUGAAACUUCAAAGCACCCGGUUCUGUAUUUAAAACAUCUAUCAAAGAAUGCAAUCUUGGUGGUAGAGAAACCAUGGAUUGAAGUUAUCAAGAGUUUAGAUUCACAGCCAGUUCACAGACAUAUAUAUGGGACAUAAGGCUGGAGGAGGGAGAGAGGGCAAGCUCUUGCUCUGAAGAAAGUGUUCUUUUAAUUUUUGAUAGGAAAAGCGCAAUAGAGAUGAUGAAGAAGAAGAGAAUGUUAACAAGGAAGUUUACUUGCUUCUUAUACGCUUCCAAGAAUUUUGUAAGAGCCUUAAUUAGUUUAUUUGCUUGUUUGAAUUUUAAACAUUUCUUCUCUAAGCUUGUUGUUCUUGUCACUCCUUGGAUAUUGGGUUUUAUCUAGUUCAUGAUUUUGUUAUAUA